GCAUGUUAGGCUAUAGGAGCCGAUACAGGUGUGAAUACAGUAAGUCGAUAGGUAUUCAGGGAUCAGAUUAUGUCACUUAUGCCAAAACAAUAACUGAAGAGGUUAUAUCGGAUUUGAAGGGAAAGUUUGAUUACCGGAAAGAAUACUCUCCAGACUUGAGACAAAUAUAUUCGCAAUAUUUAAAAGACAAUCCGUUUCUGAAAGAGUGUCCAAAACAAGAGGGAAAGGCCUCUGAAAUCAGUGCUCACGAUAUGGAGGAAGCGGUGAAGAGGGCGACCAAAUUGAUGGUCGAAUACAAGAAAAUCGACGACAAUUACAUUAACGCCAAUCCAAAUGUUAAGCAAUUCAAUCAAACUGUUUAUGAAUCCAAUUUGAAGACUAAAUUUAAUGAAUUUGUUUCGCAAGAAUUGAGUAAAAUCAAAUGUCUGAACAAACUCGAGACCACAAUAGGACUGUUGAGUAUUAAAGCGCCGGAUAUUGUGACACAAAACGGAGAUUUUUGCGAAAUGAGCCAAAAUGUGAGCCUAAAAGUGAAAACGCUAGGCUCAAAAUUUAUGGCCGCAAUCGACGGGAAGUGCAAUCACUUGCGGCAAACCAAUUGGGGCGCAGCCUUCCGGUGCCAGAGACGGCUACUUCCGGCCAACUUUGCCGACGGAGUUAACAAAAUACCCGUCGCUUCCGACGGCAGUCCUUUGCCUAACGAGCGGUUCAUUAGUAAUAAAUUAUUGAAACAACCAUGGUGCGACCCUGAUCAAACAUUGUCGUCCAUGCAAAUGAUUUGGGGCCAAUUGAUGGCUCACGACGUCAUCAAAACCAUACAAUAUAUGGGAUUUGGGUUAAGGUGUUGCCCGACAACCGGUGCCCCGCAUUCGGAAUGUGUGCUAAUCAAUGAUAUACCUCAGGAUCGGCUGACUAUGGCUUUCAGUAAUCAGACGUGUAUGAGUUUUGCCCGAUCUAUAGCUUGCAAUGCGUGUCAAUUAGGACCCCGUAAUGAGGAGUCUCUUUCCAUCCAAAUGGUCGACCAGUGGUGCAGCCCUUCAUUCAGACCAUACACUCCAAAGCGGAGCCAAUCGGCGGCCGAGUGUCGGCCAGUGCUUACGGUCGAUGAGUUGACCACUCAAUUGCGGGCAGCGAUCAGUGAACGGAAGCGCAUAUCAGGAACACAAGUGCUAACAAUCGGCGAUAAUGUCGUGGAGUACUAUUUGGCCAAUCAAUCCGAUCCGCCGCUGAUGUUGCGCACGGAGUUCAUCAGCGAAGACAUCGGAGUUGGAGUGUUUGCCACUCAAGUGAUACCCAAACACACCUUCAUCUGCGAAUACGACGGCCAACUCAUGGACGCACAGCAGGCGAAGGUGUGGGAAGUGUUUCACGCGCUGAGAGCUGAGGGCUGUUAUAUGUAUUACUUUACCCACAAGAGUAAGCGCUGGUGUCUCGACGCGACUGCGCCCACGGCUCGGUUCGGCCGACUGUUGAAUCACAGCCGCAAACACCCGAACGUGAAGGCCGUAGCCGUGGAAUACGAGGGCCGGCCAUACGUUGUGCUGAAAACGUUGCGCGAGAUUAACGUCGACGAAGAGUUGCGCUAUGAUUAUGGAGAAAGAGAUCCGGCGGUGAUUGCGGCCAAGCCUUGGCUCAACACAUCA